AUGGGUUUCCUGAAACUGAUUGAGAUCGAGAACUUUAAGUCGUACAAGGGUCGACAGAUUAUCGGACCGUUUCAGAGAUUCACUGCCAUCAUUGGACCCAAUGGCUCUGGUAAGUCAAAUCUCAUGGAUGCCAUCAGCUUUGUGUUGGGUGAGAAAACCAGCAACCUGCGGGUAAAGACCCUGAGGGACCUGAUCCAUGGAGCUCCUGUGGGCAAGCCAGCUGCCAACCGGGCCUUUGUCAGCAUGGUCUACUCUGAGGAGGGUGCUGAGGACCGCACCUUUGCCCGUGUCAUUGUUGGGGGUUCCUCUGAGUACAAGAUCAACAACAAAGUGGUCCAGCUACAUGAGUACAGUGAGGAAUUAGAGAAGUUGGGCAUUCUCAUCAAAGCUCGUAACUUCCUCGUUUUCCAGGGUGCUGUGGAAUCUAUUGCCAUGAAGAACCCUAAAGAGAGGACAGCUCUAUUUGAAGAGAUCAGUCGCUCUGGGGAGCUGGCCCAGGAAUAUGACAAGCGAAAGAAGGAAAUGGUAAAGGCUGAAGAGGACACUCAGUUUAAUUAUCAUCGUAAAAAAAACAUCGCAGCUGAGCGCAAAGAGGCCAAACAGGAAAAAGAAGAGGCUGACCGCUACCAGCGCCUGAAGGAUGAGGUAGUGCGAGCUCAGGUUCAGCUGCAGCUCUUUAAGCUUUAUCAUAAUGAAGUGGAAAUUGAGAAGCUCAAUAAGGAACUGGCCUCUAAGAACAAGGAGAUCGAGAAGGACAAGAAGCGUAUGGACAAGGUAGAAGAUGAGCUGAAGGAGAAGAAGAAGGAACUGGGCAAAAUGAUGAGGGAGCAGCAGCAGAUUGAGAAGGAGAUCAAAGAGAAGGACUCAGAACUGAACCAGAAGCGGCCUCAAUACAUCAAAGCCAAGGAGAAUACCUCCCACAAAAUCAAGAAGCUGGAAGCAGCCAAGAAGUCUCUACAGAAUGCUCAGAAGCAUUAUAAGAAGCGUAAAGGUGACAUGGAUGAGUUGGAAAAGGAGAUGCUGUCGGUGGAGAAAGCCCGGCAGGAGUUUGAGGAACGGAUGGAAGAGGAGAGUCAGAGUCAAGGCAGAGACUUGACUCUGGAGGAGAAUCAAGUGAAGAAAUACCACCGGUUGAAAGAAGAAGCCAGCAAGAGAGCAGCUACCCUGGCUCAGGAGCUGGAGAAGUUUAAUAGAGACCAGAAAGCUGACCAGGACCGGCUGGAUCUGGAAGAGCGGAAGAAAGUAGAGACAGAGGCCAAGAUCAAGCAAAAGCUGCGGGAGAUUGAAGAGAAUCAGAAGCGGAUUGAGAAACUGGAGGAAUACAUCAUGACUAGCAAGCAGUCCCUAGAGGAGCAGAAGAAGCUAGAAGGGGAGCUGACAGAGGAGGUGGAGAUGGCCAAGCGGCGAAUUGAUGAGAUCAAUAAAGAGCUGAACCAGGUGAUGGAGCAGCUCGGGGAUGCCCGCAUUGAUCGCCAGGAAAGCAGUCGCCAGCAGCGAAAGGCAGAGAUUAUGGAAAGCAUCAAGCGCCUGUAUCCUGGGUCUGUGUACGGCCGCCUCAUUGACCUCUGCCAGCCAACACAAAAGAAGUAUCAGAUUGCUGUGACCAAGGUUUUGGGCAAGAACAUGGAUGCCAUUAUUGUGGACUCAGAGAAGACAGGCCGGGACUGCAUUCAGUAUAUCAAGGAGCAGCGUGGUGAACCCGAGACCUUCUUGCCUCUUGACUACCUGGAGGUGAAACCUACAGAUGAAAAACUCCGGGAGCUGAAGGGGGCCAAGCUGGUGAUUGAUGUGAUUCGGUAUGAGCCACCUCACAUCAAAAAGGCCCUGCAGUACGCUUGUGGGAAUGCCCUCGUCUGUGACAACGUGGAGGAUGCCCGCCGCAUUGCCUUUGGGGGCCACCAGCGCCACAAGACAGUGGCACUGGAUGGCACCCUGUUCCAGAAGUCAGGAGUGAUCUCUGGUGGGGCUAGUGACCUGAAGGCCAAGGCGCGGCGUUGGGAUGAGAAGGCGGUAGACAAGUUGAAAGAGAAGAAGGAGCGGUUGACGGAGGAGCUGAAAGAGCAAAUGAAGGCAAAGCGAAAAGAAGCAGAGCUACGACAGGUUCAGUCUCAGGCCCAUGGACUGCAGAUGCGGCUUAAGUACUCACAGAGUGACCUAGAACAGACCAAGACAAGACAUCUAGCCCUGAAUCUGCAGGAAAAGUCCAAGCUGGAGAGUGAGCUAGCCAACUUUGGGCCUCGCAUUAAUGAUAUCAAGAGGAUCAUCCAGAGCCGAGAGAGGGAAAUGAAAGACUUGAAGGAGAAGAUGAACCAGGUAGAGGAUGAGGUGUUUGAAGAGUUUUGUAGGGAGAUUGGAGUGCGCAACAUCCGGGAGUUUGAGGAAGAGAAGGUGAAGCGACAGAAUGAAAUUGCCAAGAAGCGUUUGGAGUUUGAGAAUCAGAAGACUCGCUUGGGCAUCCAAUUGGAUUUUGAAAAGAACCAACUGAAGGAGGACCAGGAUAAAGUACACAUGUGGGAGCAGACAGUGAAAAAGGAUGAAAAUGAGAUAGAAAAGCUCAAGAAGGAGGAGCAAAGACACAUGAAGAUCAUAGAUGAGACCAUGGCCCAGCUGCAAGACCUGAAGAAUCAGCACCUUGCCAAGAAGUCAGAGGUGAAUGACAAGAAUCAUGAGAUGGAGGAGAUUCGUAAGAAACUGGGGGGCGCCAACAAGGAAAUGACUCAUUUACAGAAGGAGGUGACAGCCAUUGAGACCAAACUUGAGCAGAAGCGCAGUGACCGCCACAACCUGCUACAGGCCUGCAAGAUGCAGGACAUAAAGUUGCCACUGUCUAAAGGCACCAUGGAUGAUAUUAGUCAGGAAGAGGGUAGCUCCCAGGGGGAAGAUUCUGUGAGUGGUUCCCAGCGAACUUCUAGUAUCUAUGCACGAGAGGCCCUCAUCGAGAUUGACUAUGGUGACCUGUGUGAGGAUCUGAAGGAUGCGCAGGCUGAGGAAGAGAUCAAGCAGGAAAUGAACACACUGCAGCAGAAGCUGAAUGAGCAGCAGAGUGUGCUUCAGCGUAUUGCUGCCCCCAAUAUGAAGGCCAUGGAAAAGCUGGAAAGUGUCCGAGACAAGUUCCAGGAGACCUCAGAUGAAUUUGAGGCAGCCCGAAAGCGAGCCAAGAAGGCCAAGCAGGCAUUUGAACAGAUCAAGAAGGAACGCUUUGACCGCUUCAAUGCUUGUUUUGAAUCUGUGGCAACCAACAUUGAUGAGAUCUACAAGGCCCUGUCCCGCAACAGCAGUGCCCAGGCAUUCCUGGGCCCUGAGAACCCGGAGGAGCCCUACUUGGAUGGCAUCAACUACAAUUGUGUGGCUCCUGGCAAACGUUUCCGGCCUAUGGACAACUUGUCAGGGGGGGAGAAAACAGUGGCAGCUCUGGCUCUGCUCUUUGCCAUCCACAGCUACAAGCCAGCCCCCUUCUUCGUCCUGGAUGAGAUCGAUGCCGCCCUGGAUAACACCAACAUUGGCAAGGUGGCAAAUUACAUCAAGGAGCAGUCUACUUGCAACUUCCAGGCCAUCGUCAUCUCUCUCAAGGAGGAGUUCUACACCAAGGCUGAGAGCCUCAUUGGAGUCUACCCUGAGCAAGGGGACUGUGUGAUCAGCAAAGUCCUGACCUUCGACCUCACCAAGUACCCAGAUGCCAACCCUAACCCUAAUGAGCAGUAGCAGUAGUUCUACCCUCCUGCCCUGUCUGGAUCCCUAAGCUGCCCCUCUCCCAGUCUCUGAAUAUUUGGCUUCCAACCUUCCCCUACCUCCUGUCCCUGUUUAUGAUAUAGUCAUAGGAAUUAGGCACCGCUAUCAAGCAUGAAGAGGAACAGAGGUGAUGUUAGGUCUGGAGCAAAAAUUCCUGAGCUACAGGGAGCAUCCUGGCCUUUGGAAGGAGGUGCUGAGCUGAAUUGAGCUUAACAGGGCCAUCUGUCUUUCCCCUUCUCCCCUUCCCUCCUCUCCCCAUCACCCAUAAUCAUAGGUCCCUUGGGCCCCCUUGCAUUUUGGCGUGCGUGCAUGUGUGUGUGUGUGUGUGUCUGUGUCUGCAUGUGCGUGUGUUUGCAAAAUAAACUUAUUGGAGACCCAUUUUAGCAGGACACUAGGCUGAAUUUGAUCCCAAGAGAACUUGUAUGACAGCAUCCCAGAGCUGGGUUAAGGUAUUCAGGACCUCAUAGGGGUCAGGCAUUCUCAUGAAGCCACCCUCAUUCACUCUUGUGUUUUCAUUUGUGUAUUAAUCAAAUAUAUGCUGAGCACCCUCUAUUUGUCAGGCUCUAUAGUAGAAAUACAGAGAUGAAUCAGACAUGAUCUCUAUCUUCCUGCUAAGGAGAUGGAGUGGUUUUAUGAGUUCAUGUGGUUAGUUGAAUUACAUUAUAGAUGCUUUGAAUUUGAGAAGACGACGAUCACCUCCCAGGCUUCCUGGAGAAGGUGAUGUUUAAGCUGGACCUUGACAGAUGGGUAGGAUUUGGUCAGGCACUAGGAGCAGAGCCUGGGCCCUGGGAACAGACAAUUGUGGAAUCUAGUCCCCACCCCCUCCUUUUUUGUAAUCACUUACUAGUUUGACAUUGGGCAAGUCAUUUGACCUUUCUGUGCCUCAGUUUCCUCAUCUGUAAAAUAGGGCUAACAAUAUAAACCUACCUCAUAGGAUUUAAUGAUGUCAGGCUCCUCACUGGAGGCCUUAUCCCCUCUUGGAGCCCACUAGGUAGCGACCCCUCAGAAUACAACCCUUCUCAAGCCUGGAUCCCUGAAGGCUUCUGAUCCCAGUUGUUAGGGACAGAAGGAACCUCCAAAUCUGGGAGAUGCUGAAUGCCCUGGCUAUUAGGAAAUUUCCAGGGCACUGAUGGAAUUUGCCUGGUAAGCAGAGGGCCUAAGGAAACCUUUAGCUUCAACCAUGUAUGGUAACCAUGUGCCUGAGCCCCAGCUUGGGUCAUGAGGAAGUAGGGGAGAGGUAGCCUGGGCCACAUCCCUGCCAAAUGCGUGUGAUGUUCUUUUUGGGAACAAACCGUGUUAGCUGCAGGGACCGUGCAGAGGCAGCACAGCCUGUUGCCAUGAGGUCAGCCUUUGCUCAUUCACAUACACUGUCAGACCAUCACCCCGUCCUGAUCUGUGUAUUCCAUUUUUGUUUUUUAAAUCAGGGCUCUCUUGUCCCCUCCUGGCGUGAGCGGGGAGCUCUGUCUGUCCUCACUGUAUCUCUCAAUAAAAGCCUCCCUGGCUCUCCUACCUUAAAAAAAUGUUAAAUCAGUUAUAAUUACCCAAGUAAUGCACGAGUCCAUUCUCUUUCUAAGAAACUAGAUUGUUAUAGGUAAAGUUAGCCUCAUUUGACUACCAUUCCUCUCUCCCUGCUAACUGCUGUUGUUGUAUUAUCCGUCUAGACUUUAAGACUUACAUCUGUGAAAUCAUUGAAAAUAUGGUGUAUUUAAUGCAAAUGGUAUAUUGAAUCAUGCUACAAUUUGCUUUCUAUGCUUAACAAUGAGAUCUACGCAUGUUGCAAUAUGUAGAUUCAGUUCACUCUGUAAUUGCUGUAUAGAGUGCCAUCAUAUGACUACCACAUCUUACCCAUUUCUCUUGUGACAGACCAUAGGACUAUUUUCUGUUUUUGCUAUUACAAGAUACUACACAGGAGCAUUGUGUGAGUGUGUGUGUAUGAGCUUACCUAGGGUUACUUCCUAGAAGUUGAAUUGCAGAAUCAUAGGCUAUUUAUAUUUUUGUUUUAAAUAGACACUUCCAAAUUGCCCUCCUGUACUAUAUACUCAAUAUUGUUCUUGAGGUUGUCUUAGGUCUAAUGUCAUUACCUACUUGUUUCCUCCUAAGUAGUGACAUCCAUGAAAGCACAGGUUUGAUGUGCUAAUUAUGUAUUUUUCUAAUACAGACUAAAAGACAUAACAGUCAAAUAAUAAAUUUGUGUCCAACCAAAGAAAUCACUUACCACCAGUGGUACAUGUGCUUUAGUUUGGAAAAUGCUGGCAUAUCUGGAAGAGCACACUUUGGGAGUCACCUUGAUUCAAAUCUUAGCUUUAGAAACUGGAGCCUAUUACUUCACCUCCCUGAGCCUCUGCUUCCUCACACAGGAAAGAAGAUAAUAUGCACCCACCUUGCAGUAGUGCAGGAAAGGUGAAAUGAAAUAUGGUUGAAGGAAUUUGGCUGGCAGGAGAUCAUCACAGGCUCUUUGAAGUAGUGAUUUCCCACUUCAUAGAUGAGGAAGCUAAGGCCCGAGAAGGUUAAAUGACCCUGCUACCAGAUUACAGGAUUUAAGCCCAGAUCCUCCGAUUCAAUCUUGUGCUUUCUGCACUUUGGGAGUGGUUAUCAACUGUGGCUGUGUACCAUAAUCACUUGUAAAGUUUUUUAUGUUUCCUUUUUAAAAAUCAAAGCAAUAUAUAUAUACUGGUUACAAAAUAAGGUAGUACAGAAGGGCUUGUAAUGUAAUGAAAAGCAGCAGUUCCCUGCUGCACCCCUACAUCCAAAGAAUGCGGAACUCCUUGCUCUGGUCCCACCCCUGGAAAUCUAAUUCAAUAGGUGUGGGUAAUCAUCUGGAUAAUAAUCCCUACCUCACAGGGUAGAAAGAAUUACAUGAGAUGCCUUGGGCUAAGGCCUAGCAUACAGGAAUAGGAGCACUACAAAAGACUUAAGUCCUGAGGAUCAGAGAGGCGACUUGACUUGAGAUAGUGGGAGAACCUAGACUUCAACUUGAAUCUCCUGUGUGCUGGCUGUGUGCUUUCCCACUGUGCCACACUGCCUGGUAUCAUCACAAGGCAGCAUGUACUCAGUGAAGGCUGUGCUCAGAGGAGAGCAGACACCAUGGUGUGUUUCUAAGAAGCUGAUCUGAGUAGAAUUCCUAGGGCUUAUUGGACACUAGGUUGACUCCCUUGUACUGCGGACCCAGUUGCCUUGUCUAGGGAAUUGAAGAGUACUCCAUGAUGGUGUCUUAGUUUAAUUGGGUACUUCACUCUGAAAAUCAGUGUUGUACGCUGGGGACAGAAACCUUUACCCUGCCUUUGAGGAGUUCACUGUCUAGUUGGGGAGGCAAUUCAUAGAACAGCCGUUCACCAUACAGUGUGAUCAGUGCUCUGAACAGGAGCACAGAGAAAGGGGCAUCCAGCUUAGGCUUCAGGGAACACAUCCUCUAGUCUAGGAGGUGACUUCUGAGCUGAGUCUUAAGAGACUGGUAGGAAUUAGCCAGUUGAGGAAGUGGAAGGAAUUUCCAGGUAGUAGAAUUCAUUCAUCCAGUUCAGUAAAUCUUGGCUAAGCACCUCCUGUGUGCAGUGAGGCUCUCCCAAGCCAAGACUCUGAUUCCCUCUUUCCUCCCUCAAGAGAUGUUUUUGAGGGCUUUCCCACAUAUGCAAAAGACCUGAGGGCAAACAGCAAAGCAACUCUGAAAUACUGAAGCAUAAGGUUUUGUGAGGUGGAGAAGAGCAGCAGGAAACGAAGCUAGAGGCAUAGUCAGGAAUCAGAUUUGAAGAGGGUAGUAAGAAUCUGGCAACAGUUUUAAUUUGUCUCAUGGAACAAUGUGGUUCCCAAACUGGCUGUGCAUGCGAAACACAUGGGACAUUCUGAGGGCCCAACCUCUAAGUCCCUUUUCUGUAGCUGGGGCGAGGCCUCAGGAUCUUGUUGCUUAUAAUGACUUUGGGGUGCAGCCACAUUUAGGAACUGCAGCCUGAAGGCUGUGGGGGAGCCAUGCAAUGGUUUUAAGCAGCUGAGACUCUGGGUCAGAUGUGAAUUUAACAAACCCCUUUCUGGCCAGCCAGUGUGGAAGUGGAUUGGGUUAAAUGUUCCUGCUGUAUGCCCCAGUUUGUAGUUCCCUGCUGCUCAGCUUCUCUCACUGUACUAUGUUUGCUUGCUUUGCCUCUCUGACUAGUCUGUAAGCACCACAAGGGUAGGCAUGGGGUUGUCUUACUACUGGUAUCCCCAGCAAAAAGCACAGUGCCUGAAUAAAAACAAGCACCCAAUAAAUAGUUUUUAAAUGAAUGAAUGCAUUUGUGAGUGAGCAAAUGGAGACACGGAGAUUACUUAGGAAACUAUUGAAAAUACCAGGAGUCCAAUUUAUGGGCAAGGGGGAAUGGAUUAGAGGUGAUAAAGUGUUAACUGUUAAGAUGAACCAGGCUUGGUGACUGAUUGGAUGUGGAGGGUAAGUGAGGUGACAGAAUGAAUACCCAUUAAUAGCCAAGAUUUCUACCCUGUCCCCAUCAUUCUCCUUCCUCAUCCAUCUGAAUCAAAAUCUUCCAGCCUCCUCAGCAAUGGAAUUCCUCCCUCAACAUUGUUAAACAUUUUCUGUGUGCUGUGUGGUCUCCCCCUAACCCUAGCCAUUGAAUCAUUCAUCCAGUUCAAUAAAUCUUGGCUAAGCACCUCCUGUGUGCAGUGAGGCUCUUCCAGGCCAGGACUCUGACUCCCUCUUUCCUACCUCAAGAGAUGUUUUUGAGGGCUUCCCCAGGUAAGACUCACAUCCCUUACACAGUAACUUACAGUGAGAUAUCCAGAUGUCAGAACUAAGAACUUCCAGGUUUUACUCAACCCCCUCCUAAGGCCCUUGGAGGGGUACAAACUUGCUCAAGAUCCCACUAAUAGUAAGUGUUAGAGCCAGAACUGGAGCCUAAGUUCCCUUUCCACAUCGUCCCUAGAGCCGUGAUCUCUCCCAUUGCAGAUCAGGACAGGCCAAGGUGGCCAGGGAGGUGGGACUUAGGUUGGCCUUGAAGGUCCAUGUACUGGACAGGCCAUACAAGAAGCUUGCCAGUUACACUGCCCCCUUCUGGAAACCCUCAGCAAACCUGCCAUGCCCACAGUCCCUUCUAAGGGGUUUCUUAAGCAUGAGUUGCCAUGCUCUGUACCAUGUGACCUCACAUUCCUGGCCACAGAUGGUUAGGUUGGGAUAGUGUGUGACUCAAGGGGAGCCAAUCUCUAGGCUGGCCUGUGGCCUAUUAAAUGGUGGACUGAUGUAAGAACUACACCUCAUAGGAAUGGCCUGUAUUAAAUUGCAAAUGUAUGAAACAUCAUUUUUCAGGGAUGCUGAAUGUGAGGCAUUCAAAAGUGAAUAAUUAGAGAAUUAGGCUUGGGGUAGAUUAAUGAUUGUGCAUUGGGUCCCCUAUACAGAAUUUUAUUGUUGUUAACAACCAUUUGAUCAAUAAAUAUGAGAGAUGCCCUCUCAAAAAAAAAAGUGAACAAUUAAUUAGGAUUUAGCAAGGCAGAAGUGGUGGUGUAUGAGGGGUGCCAGAAACUGAACAGCAAAAGCAAGGAGAAGGCUACAGAAGCCAUGAGACAUUUGUGUCAUGAGAACAUGGGGUCACAAGGUAGCAGAAGCUGUGAAGCAGCAAGACAACAGUGGGCCAAGAGGACACUGAAGCCAUGAAGCAAUAGGAGCUCCAAUGUAGCAGGAGCCAGGAGGAACAGAAACCAUUACCCUGACUGAAUCUUGAGAUCCAUGAAGCAGCAGAAGGCUUGAAUAGACUAGAUCCAUGAGGCAGUAGAAGUGGUAAGACUGUAAGCCACAAGGUAGCUGGAGUCAUGUGGUAGCAAGGCAGCAGGAAUUACAAGGAAGCAGAAGCCACAACAGAGAAGCCCUGGAGUAACUGGAACUGAUGCCUCAGAAGCCAGGAAACUACAAGAGCCAGGAGGCCCAGAAGCUGUGAGGUGCUGAAGGCCAUGCGCUAUAUGGGAGAGGAGCUGAAAGGAGGUAGUCAGUAGCAGUAGGAGGAGUAUAAAUACAGCCAAAAAGAAGUUGAGUCACCAUUUUGGGGAGCACUAGAGAAGGGAGCAACAGAUACCUGCAGCUGAGGGGGUGACGAGAUAAGCCAGGCUCUAGAGCUGCUUUGGAUCAUGAACGAUUUUCAAGUUUCUGUUCUUCUGUGAGGCUGCCUGUGUAGCUGUUUUUGUCUUCCUUAUUUCCCUGUGAAUGAUUCAAUAAAUCUCCAUCACUAA